CACCUGAUUCGUGCUACCUCAGUACCUGUAACACCAGAGUGACCUGAGAAGGAACACACGAAGAGGCUAAAACGUAAAAGCAAGAACUUCGGUUUGCGAAAUGCUCUGUUUGUACUGUAUUGCGAAACGUCCAUGCGAACGCGAAGUACAGACCGAAGACUAAGUGGUGGAGUUCUCUAUCGAUGUGCAUGUGGCCGCUCGUAAAGGUCGUAAAGUGUUGGGUUUCUUUAUCCCGCUUUGCGGAUGCUAUCAAACUCCAACACUAACAGGUUAGUAUUGGCAAUCGCCCUUGUCCGGUGACUGUGCCAGGCUCAGCAACUGCCCGCUUUGCGUGCAGUUUUCUUCCUUUCGCCGUCUGGAAUUGCCAUUGGGAGAGGUCGAGAGGAGGCUUGAGUGGCCGCGGUGUUGGCGCCCUCAAAAACUUUUGCUGCGGCGUGAAGCAAUCAUUCUGUUGACCGGCAAUGUCACGGAGAUCGAAGGACGCGGUGAAGGAAGGAUUUCUAGCCAAAUGCCCGCAGAAGGAGGGUCUGCUGAAGAAAUGGAACAGGAGAUUCUUCGUUCUGUUCCAGCAAUCCUCGCAGGAGACAGCCCGGCUGGAGUAUUAUGACGAUGAGUGGAGCUAUGCCCGCCUGGAAAACAAGCGCAUCAUUCCCCUGCGAGAAUGUUCGCCUUCUGGUAUCCUACAAACGCAUGGUGACAAGAAUAACCCCUACGUGUUUGAUGUGAGAACACCAAUCACGUCACAUCGCUUGGCAGCACCAUCUCAGGCUGAUCUCAACUUUUGGCUCCAAGCCAUUAAGGACGUCGUGGAAAAAUGCCACGCCGGCGGCAGCGGGGGCCAGGGCUCUCAGGGGAGAUCGCAGCGGUCAUCACUCGGCAGGUCCAUGACCAUGCCGGCACAUAGAGAUCAACCAACGGUGCGAGUUGCAGGUCACGCCGCUGCGCAGCACGUCCCAGCCACAGCUAUGCCGUCCGACCGGAUGGACGACUUUGGUGACCCGUUUCAAACUGGGUUUGAUACCAGGCAGCACGGUACACCAAGCAUGGGCGGUGCAGUCACUGCCGCAAACCAGGCUGGCGGACCCGCUGAGUUCGGUGGAGCAGAGAAUAGCAUCUACAACUCAGCCGACACGGGUGAGCGUGUCCGAGUGCGGGUCAAGAACACCGACGCUAGCUACCGGCUGGGCUUCUCUGGAGAUGUGUAUCUGAUAGUCACGCCGAGUACUUUGCAGCUGCAGCAUGUGAUGACCGAUGAAAUACUGUGCAGUUGGCCUCUUUGUUACAUCCGGCGUUACGGCAGAGACUCUAAGAAGUUCACCUUCGAGGCAGGACGCCGCUGUGCUGACGUUGCUGGACUGUUUGAGUUUCAAACAAACUUCGGUGACGCCAUAUUCAAGAGAUGCCAGGAUAACAUUGCUCAGCUCCACAGGGAUUUCAAAACACAGGGCGUACUGCCGCCGGGAAUUGCACCCCCGACAAGUCCAACCUCAGCGCCUUCAGCUACGGUGGAGUUCCCGCAACAACCUCAACCGUACCGCUCCAAGAAGAAAUCAGGCCCCGGCAGCACGCACGUGUUUGAUGCGGUCGGUGCCACUCUACCCCGGCCAGCACGUCAACGAACCAGUCUGAACAGUAUGGCCAGUCCUGGGAAUGAUGCGGCAAUGGCAGCAUCUGGGAAUAUACAUCCCGGAGCACAGCAGGCGGCAAUUGCUGGUCCUCCUAAGCCAAUGAGAGCAGGUCGCAAAGCCUCGGACCCUCAACCUAUGGAUGCCGUAUUAUCACCGACCAACACCCCUACCACCGCAGCUAGCCAGCACGUCCCGUACGACAAACUCAAGCCAAGGCGAAGCAGCAGCGGCAUGUUGUCACAAAACCAACCCGCACUGAUCGACCUAUCCGACCCAUCUCCACCUCCUGUCAUGACAUCAGAUGAAGUCCAGAUCAAUCCGUACGCAGAAAUACCGUCUUGGGAUUCCCCAAGCAAUACCGCCACUACCACUGCUGCCAGUACUUCCGUGGCAUCUAGCCAGCCUCGACCAGCCGUCCGCACACGGACUACAGCCGGUGGCACGAAUGGCAGUAGACCAUCAUCCAUGCAGAGGGGAUUUGAUGAAGUCAGCGACCAAAUGUCUGCCCUGGAUCGUGAUCUGCAACAGCUUUCAGAGCAGCUCGAAAUCUCACCCAGCACAAGCAGAAAUACAGUAUCAGCAUCAUCCACCACUACACCCCAUGCUGCAGCUGGGGAUGCACCGAAGCCAGCUGGCAUCCCGAAGAGAAACCCGUUCGCUCGCUCUCCCUCCAUGGAGGAGCAGCAGAGACUCCGCAACACCAACACCACUAAUCCCACUAAUCCGUUCUCACCGGGUGUUGCUGCAGCCGCUCAAUCUCCAACAACCGGGUCGCCAAUUGUGAAGUCACCAUACACGCCAAUGGAUCAGCCACCAAUACCAGUGGCGAACUCACCAUACACGCCAAUGGAUCAGCCACCAAUACCGGUAAAGAAAAAGAAAGUCAAAUCUCCUAUGAGUGAUAAGAACGCCGACUACGAACCCUUUGCUUCGCCUGGUGCGGCCGCUCCACCACUGCCCGAACCCUUUGCUUCGCCUGGUGCGGCCGCUCCACCGCUGCCCGAAAAGAAAGGUUCUGGCAAGGCCAGUGGUGUUAAUGUCUUUGAUGUAGACUAUGAGCAUUACGAAGACCCUCCGUUGCCAGUGCCGUUUGGAAAGCCGCAGACACCGCAUAGCACACCACAGCUGCCUAGCACACCAGGCAAGGGCCAUCGCACGCAACCGGAAGAAGACACUGAUGAGUUUGGAUACACCAAGCAUAUCAGAAGCGGUCAACAACAACAGCAACAGAGUGGUGAUGCACCUCCACCGGCCGUACCCAAGCCCGACUACACCACAGUGCGAUUCCAGGGCGGUAAAGGAGAAGUAGCGACGCCAUCAGCCACUGCAGGGCCACAUAAAUAUGGCAACAUAGGGCAAACAGCUGUGCCCGAUCUAUCCUCCGUGAAACUUCGUAAAACCGAUGUAUCCAGUGACAGGAAUCCAGCAGGCUCUCGGAACACACCCAGUGCCAGUACAAAUGCAGACAGCCAGCAAGCUGCAAGAAGACAGCUCAAUCCCUUUGCACCGGCGGUGCCCGCACCAAUGCCGAAUGGAGAUCUCUUUCACCCGGGCACAGCGGACCCCAAUCAGCUAACCCACACUGGCUACGGCAAUGUCCCCACGGCCGGACAGGUUGCCCCUAACUCAUACGGCAACGUUCCAAGCAGUAACUUGUCUCCAUUUGACCAACUUGACAAUGGGGCAGCAGCCGAGAAACCACCACCACUACCAGUGGACAAACCAGCUGACAUGCUGACACAUACUGGUUACACGAAUGUGAACAGAGAUCAUAGCUCCAUGGCCACGCCGUUUGACGAUGCACCUCCGCCGCCAAUGCCCAAGCCAAGUAACUUGGCCCCGUUGAGGGCUGGCGGCGGCGGUGGUGGUGGUGGUUCCAGCAGCACCAACAGAGCAUACCCCGAGCUAUUUGAUCCAUUCAGCGGAAUACCUGACAGCUCAGCGUACAAGAAUGUCAACAGGCAAAGACCAGCAACAGGCAGUGAGAUACUAGAGACCUAUGAGCAAGUAGAACGCGAUGAUGAGAUUCCCGACAGUGGCUCAGACACAGAGGAUCCUUUUCGCUAGUAAAAUUUAAUAAUAAUAAUAGCAUUGCGGUUCUCUGAUAGCUUUAUAACGGACCAAGACUGAAUGAGAAGCCGGACUUUAAUUUUUCCUUGAGAUUUUGAGUAUUUAGGACAUGGUGUAAGAAUACUAUUUAGCAUUUUUUAGUUAGAACUUUUGCUCGUGAAAAUGUGCAUGCUUUUUUCCCUUCGCCUGCUAUAAUUUAUUCUAACAAUUCGAGUGCCUAGGAAGGAUGGUUCAAGCCAAUUGAAGUGGCCAUAUUUUCCAACAGGCUUCUUUGUGAUCUCUAAGAAAUCCAGUGUCUGCCCCAGCAGUAGCACUCGGACGAAAUAUAAUAUCUCUAAGAAAUUGAAAGGAACGAAAAUAAGAAAUUUGAAUUGGAUGACAAUAUCAAUAAUUUGUAUACUAUAAAGCAUUUCAGUCAAAUAAGUGAGAACUUUGAAAUGUAUUUUUUUGCUGUCACCGCUGCUUGAAUUGGUUCAAAGCAACCGUUUGUCUUGCUCUGUCAGUCACAGUUCCAGCAUACAACAGAAUAGUGGACAACAUCUGCAUAGAGGACAGAGAAGCAAAAGUGAAACAUUCCACGUGGAAAAAAUGAGUUUGGAAACUGA